CAGCUGCGAGGGAGGGGAGAGCUGUAGGUCCGGCCCCCCCCGCCCCGUGGGGGCUGGCAUUGACUUUCCCCCGGCAGUGACGGGCUCGGAGUACGAGACGAUGCUGACGGAGAUCAUGUCGAUGGGCUACGAGAGGGAGAGGGUGGUGGCCGCACUGCGUGCCAGCUACAACAACCCCCACCGUGCCGUUGAAUACCUGCUGACGGGCAUCCCGGGGAGCCCUGAGCCCGAGCGCCCGCCUGUGCAGGAGAGCAGAGCCCCGGAGCAGCCACAGGUUGAAGGGGAAAACCCACUGGAGUUCCUGCGGGAGCAGCCCCAGUUCCAGAACAUGCGACAGGUGAUCCAGCAGAACCCAGCUCUGCUGCCUGCCCUGCUCCAGCAGCUGGGCCAGGAGAACCCACAGCUCCUGCAGGUACUUCUGGAACCU